AUGGCGCCACCCGAUAAAGGCACCAAAGACGACUACGUUGUCGUGCAGACGCCGCGGGGGCCGGUGACCGAGGACGCGUCGACCCCGCCGGCCAAAUUCUCGUUCCUGUCGCUCUACCGGUAUGCGACGCCGAGCGACUGGGCCCUCAUGGGCGUGGGUCUCGUCAUGUCGAUCGUAAGCGGCGGCGCGCUGCCCUUUAUGGCGAUCCUCUUUGGCGACGCGCUCAACAACUUUACGCCGUUCAACCAGUCGGCCAUCAACGAGACGUGCCUCAACUACCUGAUCCUCGCGAUCGUCCUCCUUGUUGCGGGCUACGGCUCGUUUACGUGCUUUGCGAUUUCUGCCGAGCGCCAAAUGCGGUCGCUGCGCCGCGAAGUCCUCAAGCACAUUGUGUUUCAAGAGAUUGGGUGGUACGACCAGCGCGACGCCAGCGAGCUCGCGUCGCGCAUUUCCGGGGAUACCGUCAAGAUCAAGGAAGGCAUGGGCGAGAAGCUCGGCGAGGCCCUCCGCGCCGUCUUCCAGUUCAUUGUCGGCUACGCGAUCGGCUUUUACAAGGGCUGGAACAUCUCGCUCGCCAUGUGCGCGGUCAUGCCGAUGAUGGCCAUCUCGCUCACAGUCGACGACCCGGAGUCAGCAGGUUUAUGCCGCCGCCGGUGCCGUCGCCGAGGAGACCAUUGGGUCCAUGCGCACGGUCGCGUCGCUCAACGGCGAGCCGCGGGCCAAGACGCGCUACGGUGA